AUGGCCACAACAGUUGCAAUGAAUUGCACAAAUUGUACGUGGAGCACUGCCGGAGUUGGGGCAGCCUCCUCCGACUGCAUUCUGUGGGGAGAGGUUUUCCACAUCGUGUUCUGCUUCCUGGUGAUCAGCUUUGGGUUACCAGGGAACAGCCUCAUCCUGGGUGUGUACUGGACCAAGCAGCGCAAGACCAGCACCCAUAUCCUGAUCAUGGGGUUAGCCUCGUCGGAUCUCUUCACGUGCUUGUUUCUGCUCCACGAGGUGGUCUCCAGUUGUCUGAUCGUGGCACCGGGGGAGUGGGAGACCGCACUACUGAUUCUCAAGUCUUGCAAGAUGGUUGCGGUGUCAGUGUCGACUGGUAUCACUGCCGCAAUCGCCGUCGAUCGUUACGACUGCGUCUGCCGUUGCAACCGCCGUUUGCUGACCCCCCACACGGCCAAAGUCGGCAUUCUGCUCUCCUUCAUACUCAGCAUGUUGCUUCAGAUCAUUUACAUCCUGCACGUAGUGGAUCCGACGCAGAGUCGGAUGAAGCUUAUCACUCUUGCGGCCCAGUUUGUCAUGUUUGUCGUCGUAGCCACAUUAAUCGUUGUGUGUUACUUCAAAGUCUUUUCUGCCGUGAGGCGGCACGUCAAAGUCAGCGUGCAUGCGUGGCAGUGUCGCGGGAUCAAAUCGGAUAAUCUGCAAUCGAACCCUGUCCCUAACAUCUCAGAGUGGCAGGAAACGGCUGUAGCGACGGUCAACAGUGUUUGCAUGCUUGUCCCACCACCACAGAUGAACACGAACACUCCAAGUCAAUCCACAAAACAAGGGACAAAAACAGCUUUUCUUGCACCGACAACCUCUACGCAUUCAAGAAAAUUCAAGGCAGCUAUACAUGCUAUACAGCGUCAGCAGACUGAUACCUCUGUGAACGCAGACAGGAACAUUCAAAUGAACCAGCCUGAGACAGCUCCAGUUUGCCAGAGAAGUACGGGUACCAGACAUCCAGUUUGCAGAGCCCAGACUGUGCAGGGACGAACCACGUUAAUGCUUUUCCUUACCAGCGUCACCUUCCUGUUGUCAUGGAUACCGUAUUGGUCUUUCGUUGGUCUGAGUGUGGUUAAUAUCAUUGGGUCAAACGCCUCGCCGGAAGUGACGUACACUUUUGACAAAAUGGUUAUUCUCUUGUACUUCAACAACGCCAUCAAUCCACUCCUUUAUGGACUGGCAAACAGGCGGUUUCGCAAGGACUGUAAAGUCAUCCUCAAGAAAUGCUUCAGGCAUUAA